AUGGAGAGCUGCAAACUGAGGACGUUCAUGCUGUUGGAGAUACAGUUGCUCUUGAUCUUGUCUCUGUCUGUGCAGGGACACCCUGGUCCAAAUCAUGAGAAUGUGAUUGAUCUUCUGGCAGCUCUAAACAUGUCCCACCAAAUGAGUGGUGUGGCCAGACUACAGAGUCAUGGCAGCAUGAUGUACAGAAUUCGUCCCAAAGCACCCUAUCUGACCCUCCCUCGUGAAUAUUCCCACUUCCUGUACUCCAACCUUAAGGGGAGUAUGGGGGUGCAUUUGGUGGGGCACCAGGCGGUGGGCUCUAGUGCCACCCUUUUUUCUCUCUCCUCUCCAUCCUCACCCAUUCUCCAAAUGAUCUCCUCCACUGUAAAUGACACUCUUCAUUUGGACUACCAGGCUGAAGGAGGAGUUGCUAGCUUUCACUUCCCCAGGAGAAACCCCUUCUCCCGGGAGGAUUGGGUACAGUUGGCUGUGAGUCUGGAGCAUAAUAGACUGACUUUUUUUGUAGAAUGUCAAGAAGCUGUGGUUAUACCAAUAAAAAGUGAAGAGAAGAUCAACCUGGAACUGCCUCAAGAUGUUGUUUUUACACUUGCCAGCACACCGGGAAAGAGAGAAAGCAAAUUUAGUGGACAUUUGAAGACAGCUGAGAUUUCCAUGAAAGCAUAUCUAAGGCGCCCCUGGCACUGUGACAACGUUACAGAUGAUCUGCCUCCAUCUCAGUACACUGAUACUCCUAACCCAAAUUCUCGAACUGACAGCAGUCGAAUGUUGCGGCACGGGCUUUCCACCAGUAAACCUGAAACAAGCCACAACAUCCAGAGUGACCAGCUGCAUAGAGGUGUGGUCCUGGGGCCUCCGGGAUCUCCUCAAGGGGUAAAAUCUGUUUCUCAGGCACAGAAAGACGACAGGCUGAAGAGGCUGGAAAAGAGGCUGGAAGAGAUGGCUGGUAUGCUGGACAUGAUCAAAGCUCAGAAUGCAGACCUACAGUCACGUGUGCAGUACCUGGAGGGAUGUGAAUGUGUGAGGCAGCAAUGUGUGUGGGAGGGACGUGAAUUGGAGGAUGGUCAUCGCUGGCAGACUGACCUCAACACUGUGUGCACAUGCACAUCUGGAAAGGUCACAUGUCAGGCUGACAUAAAAGGUUGCAUCCAUUCUGGUAUCCAGUAUGAUCACCUAGCAAAGUGGCGACCAGUGGAGAAUCCCUGUGAUAUCUGCUACUGUUUGGAAGGUCAUGUUCGCUGUGAGAGGGAGCAAUGUUACACCCCAUGUAAAAACCCAGCUGCUCCUCCACCAAAUACCUGUUGUCCAGUUUGUCAAGGCUGUGGUGUGAAUGGUCAUGACUUUCCUAAUCGAGCUGUGAUCCCCACUGAAGAUCAUUGUCAAGAGUGUACAUGUGUGAAUGGAAAUGUAGCUUGUUCAUCCCAUCCCUGUCCUGCCUUGACUUGUCGAAACCCUAUACAUCGUGCUGGAGACUGUUGCCCACGGUGUGAGCGGUGUGAAUAUGAGUCUAAGGUGUAUCUGGAUGGACAGAAGUUCUCCUCCAGAAGAGACCCCUGCCUCCACUGCCGCUGCUCUGUGACGAGCGGUCAGUAUGUUCCUUGAUUUAUUAGCCUUUUCACACCAUCUAAUAUGCAUCAUAAUUAUAAUAGGCAGCAUAGGCUCUUUUGUAGGUCAAUAUUUAAACUGCACCAUAUUUAUUGACUGCAUGUAUAUUGUGCAUUUUAGGGCGGAAGUGUAAUUUGUCAUGAAGAGAAGUGCCCUCCUGUCCAGUGCUCCAACCCUAUUAUAGACCCACAUCUCUGCUGUCCAAUCUGCAAAGUGUGUGUGUUGGAAGGGGUGGAAUAUGAAGAGGGCUCCAACUGGCAGCCUGAGGGUCCCUGCUCCAGCUGCACUUGUGUAAAUGGAGAUGCCUUAUGUACACACACACAGUGCCCCUCCACUGACUGUCUGCAUCCCACCAAGAUCACUGGUUCCUGUUGUGCAGUGUGUGAAAACUGCAACUAUAACCAUCGUAUUUAUAGCAACGGACAGAGAUUUACCACUCCUGACCAGCCCUGCCACAUCUGCACCUGUCUGCAUGGCACUGUUGAGUGUGAGAGAAGACCAUGUCCUCCACUCAACUGUACCAACUCAUACACACCAAAUGGGGAGUGUUGCCCUAAAUGUCCAGACUGCUCCUUUGAAAACCGUGUGUUUGUGGAUGGAGAGGCUUUUCCUAACCCUGUGAGUGUGUGUGAGGAGUGUAAGUGUGUGAGUGGCAGAGUUGACUGCCACCAUGCACAGUGCCCCCAUCCUCAUUGUAACGCUCCUCUGCCUGGAACUUGCUGUCAGAACAACUGCAAUGGCUGCAGCUAUGCUGGGAAGGAGUAUCCCAAUGGUCAGGAGUUUCCCCAUCCUACUGACAAGUGCAGAACAUGCAGCUGCAUAAACGGAAAUGUCCAGUGUCUGAAGAAGAGAUGUCCACCACUGCCAUGCUCUAACCCAAAUGUGCUGCAUGGGGACUGUUGCCCCCAAUGUCCCGCUCCCCCAUCAGACUGUGUGUAUGAACAACGACCCUAUAGACACACAGAGCGCUUCUACAACCCAAUCGACAACUGUCAAUCAUGCGCCUGCACCAACGGGACAGUUCACUGUCAACGCAAGCCCUGCCCCUUCGUUCCAUGCUCUCACCCAAUCACACAGGCAUGCUGCCGGACCUGUGAAGGCUGCCUAUAUGAGGGUCGAGAGCGAGCUAAUGGGGAGACAUGGGAUGACGUAUCAGACCCAUGUGCUGUGUGCAUGUGUCAUGAAGGCUCUGUCCGGUGUGAAAGAAAGCGCUGUCCGCCCUCAAACUGUAAUUACCCUGUCCAGAGACAGUGUUGCAUGUCCUGUGAUGGCUGCAUGUUUAAUGGUAAAGAAUAUCCUGACGGCACUGAGUUUAGUGAUGACCAAGGCCCCUGUGGUGUAUGUUAUUGUUACGGAGGUGAGGUCGUCUGCACCAAAAUACCCUGUUAUGGAGAGUGUAGCCACCCUUACACACCACCUGGCCAGUGCUGUGGAGAAUGUGAACGCUGUUUCUACAAUGGUGUAGUUCUCACUAAUGGACAGUCCAUCCCUGACCCAGGGAACCCCUGCUCUGACUGUACCUGCCAGAGAGGUGAAGUGGUGUGUACACAGCGAAUAUGCCCUUCUGUGUCAUGCCCGCACCCGGCGCGGGACGGCUGUGCAUGUGGAGUGUGUGAUGGAUGCAAUUUUAGUGGGCGAGAUUGUUUCAAUGGAGAAAGAUUCCCUCACCCUACAGAUCGCUGUCAGCUCUGCUCCUGUCUGAAUGGCGGUGUGGUGUGCGUUCAUGUACCUUGUCCAAGUGUUGCCUGCAUGCAUCCAGUGACCCCUCCAGGGGACUGCUGCCCCAUCUGCACAGGGAUUUGUCGGCAUCAGGGAAAAGAGUAUCAGUCCGGCUCAUCCUUCUCCUCACCCUCUGACCCCUGUUCCUCAUGCUCCUGUCUGAAUGAGGUGGUGAACUGUCAGAGGAGACCUUGUCCAAUCCAGUGCUCCCAUCCCGUCCCUUCAGAUACCUGUUGUCCUGUUUGUGAUUCCUGUCUGUAUGAGGGCGUCAUUCACUCUCACAGUCACACCUUCACAAGCUCCUCCAACCCCUGCCAGCGCUGCACCUGUGUCAGAGGCACGGUCACCUGCGUUCCCCUGGUCUGCCCACCAACACCCUGUGCCCGACCUGUUUCCAAGCCAGGACAGUGCUGUCCUGAGUGCAAAGUGUGUAUGUUAGAUGGACAAGAGUACAAUGACAGGCAGACAUGGACGUUGCGUUCAAACCACUGCUCCACCUGCACCUGUCAGGCAGGUGAGGUGCAGUGUGCAUCUCCCGACUGUCCUAAGCUGCCCUGUAAGCACCAGGUGACAGAUCCAGGAGCCUGCUGUCCUCGCUGUAGAGGUUGUGUGUAUGGGGGUGAGGAGCAUAUAGAGGGCAGCAGUUGGUUUGCAGACUCCACCCCCUGUAUGACCUGCAUGUGUGUGGAAGGUGUGACAACCUGCUCUGAAGUACGCUGUCUAUCUCCCUGUAUCAACUUCAUCAAUGUGCCCGGGGAGUGCUGCCCUGUGUGUGCUGACUGUGUAUUUGAGGGCAAAGUGUACGGCCCAGGGGACAGUUUCCAUCCAGCCGAUGAUCCCUGUCAAAUCUGCACUUGUGAGGUGAUGCCGGAUGGAGAGCAGCACAUGCGGUGUUAUCGAAAGCAAUGUCCCAGUCUGGUUGACUGUCCAAAGAGUAACAUCUUGUUCUCUGGACCAGAGUCCUGCUGUCCUGUCUGUGCACAGCCUCUCAGUAACUGCACUUCUUCGCUGAUUGGCAAUGAGGUGUUGGCCACAGACAAUCCCUGUUUUACCUGCCACUGCAAGGACUUAACAUGGACCUGCCUGCACCAAAUCUGCCUCCCACUUACUUGCCCCGUUAAUGAACAGUUCACCCCUCUGGAUUCGUGCUGCCCUGUGUGUAAAGAAUGUGUAAUUGAGGGUCAGAAUAAACGUAUGGCCAACGGCAGCAGCUGGUCAGACAGUGAUGAUGACUGUGUCACAUGCACCUGUAAUUUGGGCUAUAUUGAGUGCAGCAUUGAAGAGUGUUUACCUUUGGUUUGUCUGGAGGGCCAAAAACAAGUGAAGAUUCCCGGAAAAUGCUGCUAUGAAUGCCAAGAAUCAGGGGUGUCAUGCUUGCACCAGGGGACAGUGUAUCAGUCUAAUGAACAAUGGGAGGUGGACGAGUGCACUAGCUGUACAUGUGUGUCUGGAGACGUACACUGUCACAGUGAACGCUGCCCUCCCCUCACCUGUGCAACAGAUGAGAUGCCAGCGGUUGUCCCAGGUUUGUGUUGUCCUCAUUGCCUUCCUCGUCCAGCCACCUGCAUUGCCUUCGGUGACCCUCAUUACCGUACCUUCGAUGGCCGCAUGCUGCACUUUCAGGGGGCGUGCACGUAUGUCCUGGCACAGGACUGUAAAGGAGGAGACUUUAGUAUUCAUGCCACUAAUGAUGAUCGUGGGCGUAAAGGAGUGUCCUGGACUAAAGAAGUGACCGUGUUUAUAGGAGACGUCACAGUGCAGCUACUGCAGGACUGGGUUGUGAAGGUCCAUGGUGAGGUUGUGACUUUGCCGUUCCUCAGAGAACCACACAUCUACGUAGAACGCCAAACCAACACCAUCUUACUCAAUACCAACAUCGGACUCAAGGUGCUGUGGAAUGGCCGUUCACACCUGGAAGUGAGUGUGCCAGGCUCCUAUAAAGGCCAAACUUGUGGCCUUUGUGGAAACUUCAACAACUACCGCCAGGAUGAUCUACGGAUGCCCAGCGGAAAAAUCACCCAAUCAGAAUCUGGCUUUGGCAACAGCUGGAGGGUCACAAAUGGUAGCCAUUCCCUCUCAUCCUGUCGUCCGGGUGAGGAUGUCGACCCCUGUAAAGAUGCAGGUUACCAGGCCAAGAAGGGGGCUAAUGCUCGUUGUAAGGUGCUAAAGUCUGCUGUCUUUAAGCCCUGCCAUCGCGUGGUUCCUCCUGAACCCUGGUAUGGAGCCUGUGUAUAUGACCUUUGCGCCUGCGGGGCCAAUACGGACGAGUGCCUGUGUGACACACUGGAGGCCUACACCAGUGAGUGCAGGAAGUCUGGUGUCAUCCUGCAGUGGAGGAGUCCAUCGCUGUGUGCUGUGGGCUGUCCAGUGGAGAGGGGCUUUGUGUUUGACGAGUGUGGCCCCCCAUGCCCUGUAACCUGCUUUAAUGUGGCUGUUCCACUGGGGGUGAUAGAGAGCCACUGCUUCAAGCCCUGUGUCCCAGGUUGCCAGUGUCCUGCUGGUCUGGUGCUGCACAACAACUACUGCAUACAUCCAGAAAAGUGCCCCAAGAUCAUACAUGGCAACCCCUCAUAAUUUGGUGCUCACUUCCAAAUGAAAACGUGUACACUCACACAUGCACUGCCACCUCUUUUGUUACUGUAUAACAAAUAUGUUGGAAAUGAAAGGGAAAAAAAUCAACUAAUAAACUUAUAUGAUAUGUGUUCUUUUUUGUAUUUCAGCAGCACUGAAUAUUUAUACUAAACAAGAGUUUGUCAUUUUAAUUUGUUCAAUUUGCCAUUUGAACAUCUGUAUUUCCCCUACCUGUUUUAUUUUAAACAUUUAUGCAAUAUUGU